AUGAUUCAGAUUCUGAAGAAGAAGAAGCACUUGUGUGCCGGUGUGCUGGUUUGGAUCGUUGUAUCUUGUAGACUAGUGGUGCAGUUCUGGUACAGAACGAUUGACAAUGUUGACUGUGUCAUAGAACCGGGUCGAAGCGACCAUGACCCAGCGGAACGUCUUAAGCGUACCUCUCAGGCAUUGAACCCGAAGCAGCCAACACCUCCGGGAGACAUGGGAUCUACUGUAACUCUCGGAAGCACAAACGCAGCAUUAGCAAAUCUGAUUGAAGAAGGUUACAAUGAUCAGGGAUUCAACCAGGUCCUAUCGGAUAUGAUAUCGGUGAGGCGGCGGCUUCCGGACUAUCGAGACAAUUGGUGCAAACAGGCGGAUCGGUUCCUACGUGAGCUGCCCGAGACUUCGAUUGUAGUGGUGUUCUACAACGAAGCUUGGUCAGUACUAUUACGGACUGUCCAUUCGAUCCUGGAUCGAUCUCCUCCCGGCCUUGUGAAGGAAAUUGUGCUCGUGGAUGACUUUUCGUUCUUGUCGCACACGAAAACGCAGCUGGAUGAAUACUUUCGGUCAUAUUCGAAGGUUCGAAUUGUACGAGCCACCAAACGACUAGGAUUGAUUCGGGCGAAAAUGCUUGGAGCGUGGAAUACUACAGCGCAGAUCAUAACGUUCCUGGAUGCUCACGUUGAGUGCGAAGUAGGAUGGCUGGAACCACUUCUGGACCGCGUUGCACGAAAUUCAAAAACCAUCGCAAUUCCUGCGAUGGACUGGAUCCAAGGUGACACGAUGACCCUGGACACUGAAUUGUCACAACACUUGUACGGAAAGUUCGACUGGUUGGGUAACUUCCAAUGGGAGCUUCGAACGGAACGGAAACAACAGGCUGAAAACCCACUGGAACCGUUCGAUACUCCGGUGAUGCCAGGUGGCCUGUUCACCAUCGAUAAGGCAUUCUUUGCCCACUUGGGAUGGUACGACGAGGGGUUCGAAACUUACGGAGCCGAACACUUGGAACUUUCGUUCAAAACGUGGAUGUGUGGCGGUUCCAUGCAGAUCGUACCCUGCUCGAGGGUUGCUCACGUCCAGAAACGAAAGCAUCCUUACAUAUCUCACUCCUCUGCAGUCAUCAAACGCAACAUGGUUCGCCUAGCCGAAGUUUGGAUGGACGAAUACGCCCAAUACUAUUAUGAAUCUUUCGGAGGUUUGAGCAAACGUGGAGAUUUCGGAGACGUCUCUUCACGAAAGCUACUUAGGCAACACUUGAACUGCAAAUCGUUCCGAUGGUACAUGGAAAACGUCUUCCCGGAGCAGUUCGAUCCAUCCAAGGCUGUGGGACGAGGAGAGAUUCGAAGCGUAGCGGAAGGUGCUGACCAAUGCCUCGACUGGCCACUUCAGCAGAACAAAUGUGGUGUAGGUUUGUGCCACGGUCAAGGACGCCGUCAACAGUGGUAUUUCUCGAACCAGGGAGAGAUCACGCGUAAAGAUCAUUGUCUGGAUUACGAUGGAAAGAGGUUGGAAAUGAAUCGCUGCCAUCGAAUGAAAGGCAAUCAGCUGUGGAUUUAUGAGCAAAAGACGCAACAGUUCAGACACGUGCACAGUGGGAAAUGUUUGGAAUGGAGUGGACAAAACUUAGAUUUGAGAAAGUGUAGUGAGACGAUUUUGCGACAAAAGUGGACGAUUCAGUACUUCAAUGCGAGUAAUUUGAUAAUAUAG